AUGAACGAGGUUAGCAAAGAUCAAAUGGAACAAACAUCAGACACAAAUCCGUCUGAGAUCUCUGCUGGUAAAAAAGAGAAACCAGGGAUGAAGCAUUUCUUAAAAGUCCUUAAGUUCUAUCCAAAAAGAUGGGUUUAUUUUAUUGCAUUGCUUUUCAGUUUCAUUAAUGGAAUUGUUGCAAUUGUUUUUAAUGUUGUUAUUGGAAACAUUACAACAGAAUUAACCACAUCAAAUGAUUUUAUGAAAGCAAUCAAAAAGAAUAUUUAUACAUUUUUAAUAAUCAUGGGUAUAUUUGCUAUAUUAUGGCUUAUUGGCCAAUUAUGUGUUUCAUAUGCAGCUCCAGGUUUUCACAUCAAUGUAAGAAUUUUACUUUUAUCGAAACUCUUAUCAUUUGACAUUGAUUAUUUUGAUCAAAACCAAUCAGGAUCUCUUUUGGAUAGAAUUACUACUGAUAGCUCAUUGAUAUACUCUAUUUAUAUGGACCGACUUUGCGUUUUAACUAUAGAUUUAUCGCAAGCCCUUGCUGGAUUUGUCCUUUCAUUCAUAUAUUCAUGGAGAAUAUCUCUCAUUGCCUUAUUUGUCAUUCCUAUCUGCUUUGCUGCAUUUUUCCUAUGCGAAUAUUUUAUUGGAAAACUUUGGCAUGAUUAUAAUAAUGCCACGAAUGCAGCUAAUACAAAGGCCGAAGAAGUUAUUAAUUCAUUUAGGACUGUCAAAUCAUUUGAUAGAGAACUCACUGAAUCUGAGAAAUACGAGUCAUCUUUACAAAAAAUUCUUAAUGUUGUCAACAAAACUUCAGUUAUCACCGGUAUCAAAGAUGGAAUUCUGAAUUUAUUUGUGAACGUACUCACUGUUGUAUUUCUUUAUUUUUGCGUGUGGAUUAUCAAGAAUAAGCCAUCAUGGAACAUGAAGAGUGGAGACGUUAUGGUACUCAUGUCUUCCCUACUUUUUUCGAUCCAGGCGAUCUUUCAAGCUUUAAUUUUAUUUGAAGAUUUCAGGAAGGCAAAUGUUGCUUCACAAAGAUUGCUUGAAAUCUUAGAGCAUCAGCCAAAAAUAAAUCAGAAAGAAGGAGAGAAUCCAGAACUUAUUGUCAAAGGAAAGGUUGAAUUCAAAAAUGUUUCGUUCAGAUAUUUAUCAAAGGAUACAUAUGCAGUAAAGAAUCUUUCAUUCACAAUCAAUCCAGGCGAGACAGUAGCUUUUGUUGGAGAAAGUGGUUGUGGAAAAUCUACUACUUUGCAACUCCUUCAAAGAUUUUAUGAGAUUGAAAGUGGUGAAAUUCUUGUUGAUGAUAUCAAUAUCACAACAUGGUCACCACAUUACCUUCGAACACAAAUAUCUAUUGUUCCUCAAACUCCAGUCAUGUUCUCCAUGUCAAUUGAAGACAACAUCAAGUAUGCAGAUCCAGACAUUGAUAAGAAGAAUAUUUAUGAAGCUGCUAAAAUAGGAAAUGCUCAUAACUUCAUCAUAGGAUUGCCAUCGAGAUACAAUACAAUUGUUCAACAAACGAGCUUGAGUGGUGGCCCGAAACAAAGAAUUUGCAUUGCAAGAGCAGUUUUGCAAAAUAGUCCAAUCCUUCUUUUGGAUGAAGCAACUGCUGCCCUUGAUACAGAAAGUGAAAAACUUGUUCAACAGAGUCUUGAAGAAAUCCGCAAAGGUAAAACUGCAAUUAUUGUUGCACAUCGUCUUGCAACAGUAAUUAAUGCAGACAAGAUCUUUGUAUUCAAAGAUGGUCACAUUGUUGAAGCUGGUAAACAUGAAGAACUCCUGUCCAAAGGUGGAUAUUACGCAGAUCUUAUUAAAUACCAAUUACAACAAUAA